AUGUCCAACGAAGGAUCUUCCCCCUCAAGCUAUAGUUACACUACUGCUCGUAACCUUGCCAGGAUCGCCAGAUGGUGCGGUCCACCCCGUCUCAAGCUUGGUCGCGCAAAGGAACUCUGGGCCAAGGCAAGUAUUAGGGGAGCGCAGGAUGCUCCUCCACGUCUCGCGCGAAUCAAGAAGAGUCUGCGCAGAGUUGUAAAAUCGAGUGAGGAUGAGAAUGAGAAUGAGAAGGAUAAGGAUGAGGAUGAGGGAGUGAAAGGAAAUGAUUCGGACGAAGAGGAGCGUGAGUUGAACCAACCAGCUGGUGUCGGUGAGCCAGAACUUGCCUCCGGGGCUGAGAAAGAUACAGAGGCUGGGCCGUCGCAGCACGUCACGGUCAGUGAAGCAAACGCGCCAGAAAUGCCCAGUGAGGAGGAGGAGAACUUGACUGUCAGCGGAUCCGAGACGCAGGAGAGCGAGCGUGAAGCAUCUACACAACCUGACCAAGAUAUAGACGCUGGAACUUCCGAAGAAACCGUCGCCGUCACUCCAAAGAAAUCCGACAACGCAGCGCCUAACUUCAAGUCCAAUGGGAAGAAGAACUUGGAGAAGGAGAAGGAAACCGUCAGCGGAUCAGCUCCUCAAGGCCAACUUACUGUGCCGGCUACACGUCGAUCGGCCCGGUUGGCGACUAAAGAAGUUCACAAAGAGGAUUCGUCUACUCAGCAUCUCGCUACUACUGCCGAUAACGAUAAGAGCGAGCAGCCUGCCACCACUGCCACAACUGUCGGCGAGGCCACCAACACCGACGUCAUCGACAAAAGAAAGUCGGCUCCCCGUCGCUCUGCGCGAAUCAAGAAAGUCCCUGCUCAAGCUGCGUCAACUCCAGCUCACAACCCCGGACCCUCGACCAAAGACGUGGUAGAAGCAGUGUCCGCGGUUGUCAGUACCAUCAAAGGUCCCGCGCCAACUCCCAAAUCUAAACAGACCAGAGGGCAGAAGAGGAAGCGCACUGCUACCUCGGAGGAGGAGGAGGAGGAGGGUCUUAAGAACGAUGAGACUGGAAGGAGCGAUGGAAAUGCAAAGUCGAAGUCUAACGCUGGUACUGGUACUGCGAAGGGUGCUGGUACUAGGAAGGCGAAGAGGGCUAGGAAAUCGGGUAAGGAUGAGGAGGAAACUACCACUCGGGCUGGAGAGAAAGAGAAUACAACUGAGAGUGCUCCUGCGAACUUGGCUCAGAACGAAGUGAAGGAUGGAGAGAAGAAGAUUACCAUUCGCGUGCCAGUGAAAGCUGUGAAGAGGACUCGAGGCUCGAAGAAGACCAAAGCCUAA